ACACCAUGGUGUGGAAGGAAACGUGUUGGACGCUCUCCAUGCUCCUGCUGCGUCGGGAAAGGACCAAUGAAGAGAGGAUCGCAUGGAGACUCCAGAAGGAAAAGAUCGUCAAGGGUGGUUCACGAAUCCUUCGCUGGCUGAUCCUCAUCGACAUCAUUCUGUUCGGCUUGUGGGUGGUGGCACCGCGGAUACCUUUCGACACGAACGCCAAUCUGGCCGCACAAGCGGCGCCAGAACGAAACAUGGAUCACCACAACGCAGGGCAGAUGUAUGAACCGGACGGGUACAACGAAGGGGGCGAAGCAGAGUGGUACGAUGCCUACCAUCAUGCCGAGCAUGACAAGUACAGUGACUUAGUUGGACGGCAAGACGGUGCUGCCCACCCGGGUGCUCAUCAUUCAGGUAACGUGCGGUAACAUUCAUACACAGGCCUUACAUGUAAGCACCUUGUACAAAGCAUGGACACCGUGUAUAAGGCAAAUCGCUGUUUUUCAUUCACUCAGCAUAUGUGGGCUACUACAGCGAAAGAUGCAUUGUUGCCAUCAAGCCGAACGGGGGAUAGAAUUUUUUUUUUCUUUUUACAUGUUUUCAAAAAUGUUGAAUUCAUUGCAGAUUACUUUUGUUGUUGUAGAACUUGUAUAGAUAGAUAGGUCAGCCUUUUCUUGCCCUUCUUAUUUGCAUGAUAGGACACAGACCUUUGCUGCUACUGCCGCGACAAUGAAGUUGCAAGUUCGAUACCGGCAGCAACCGCAUUCUGAUGGAGCCAAAGUUCAAAAUCACUCGUAUAUUUAAAUUCGGGCUCACGCUCAAGAACGACUGCAAGUCAAAAUUAUUCUGUUUCCCUCUCUUUCCAAUCACAGGAUGCCUCUCAAAUCCUGUUAGUGUAAUAAUGCUCUGUGGCAUUAUUUCCCACGCAGGAAUGAAUUGAUUAAGCAAGCAAACAAAUAAUCAACUUAUAAAGCCGUCCA